GCCCACAAGGUCCACAACACCAGGCAUGAAAACAGAGGCGCAAACUGCCGGCAGAAUAUAAAUUAAGACAGUAUUGACAACAUAAUUACAUUAAAAUCUCUCACUCAGCACCUUUUUAGCUCUGUGUGUUUGCUAGCUAAACAGCAGCAUGUUUAUCUCCUCACAAAACUCAGCGCCCUCCUUCAAAGACUUCACCCUCGUCAUGCCAGCAGUGGCUGUUGGCAAUGUGGGUCAGCUGGCUGUGGACCUCAUAGUGUCCACUCUCAACAUGAGCAGGGUGGGCUACAUACACACAGACUGCCUCAUCCCCAUGGCUGGGAACAACCCGUACGCCACCUGCAAAGAGGACGUUGAGGAGCUGCACACCCCUGCAGAAGUUUACACAGCAACAGAACUGAAGUUGGCAGUUCUUCAGAUCAGAGCACCAAUUAUUCAGAAAAAAUCCAAAAAGUUCAGUCAGCUGCUUGUGUCCUGGAUCAAAGCCAGCGGGUUCUCCCGGACUGUCGUUCUGUCCAGCAGCCAUGCCUACCAGAGGGAUGACCAGCAGCUGGAAGGCACCCCUUUGAGGUACCUGGUCACUCCGGCCCUGCUGAAGGGGAACGCAGAUGCGUUGAAAGAGCUCGGCUGGAGGGAGAUGGAGCGAGUGGCAGCCUUCCCAGGCCUGACAGACGCCAACACAGAGCCGCGCCUCUACAUCCCCGGAGGAGGCAUAACCAAAGGACUCUACACAGACAGCUGUGCAGAGGAUCUUCCGCUGGCUGUGCUGCUGCUCUUCUGUUCAGAGGGCGACAACAUCCCAGACGCCUUCACGCUCGUCAACCACCUCAACGACUGGCUCCAUCUGCUAGCCAGUCCUAGCCAGAAGCCGAACAAAUGGAAGAUCCCAACCUCUUGGAGUCUUCUGUUUGGCAGCGGCUUCCCGCCAGCACUGUUCUGAGACACACAUAUUCUGUUUUUGCUAUUUUUAGCUCAUAAUUACCUUCUGCGGAAUGAAUUCUUCACUGGAGUCACAUCUGGUAGUGAAGAGGAUGAAUUUUUGUGUCCUAAAUUGAGAAUACUGACGGACACUUCCUGCUUUUUAACGAUGUGUUAUAUUGAAUUCACCUGGUCUGGACAUAAAACACUUGAACAUUUAUCGCAGUUUCCUUUAUUACAUUACGAUAUGUACACAACCCAAACAUGCACUUCUGGAAUACUAUUUUCUGGUAUUGCAGCAUUUGAAUGUUUUUUUUUUUUUU